UUAUGCGUGUGAUGAUCGUGCCGCGUCCGCGCCGCGUUCUUUUCAGUCCCCCCGGCUGCAGGAACGCGAUCGAGGGAAAAACGAAGCGGCGUGUUUAGGUGGACGAGAGUGACAUGUUGUUUCCACCCAAGCCGCGCGUGUCGGCGCGGGCUCCGUUUCGCUUUUCGAAUCGCUUUUCCCUUUAUUGUGCUCCAUUCGUUACGUGUGUGUCAUUUCCUGAGUCAAUCGAGGAAGAAUGGCGGUGUAUCGCUGCUGCAGUGCAGGCGGGGCGGAAUUUAUGUACUGUAGGAGACGACCAGUAACGAAUUACAGCAAUGUGGUGGAGGCGAACUCGGACUCGGACGACGAGGACAAGCUGCACAUCGUGGAGGAGGAGAGCCUCCCGGACACGGCCGACGGCGACAGCAACGUGCCGGACGACGAGCCGCACCCCCACCCCGCGGCGCUGGGCCACAACGGGCCCGGGGAGCACGAGGACAGGUGGGAGGAAGAAGUGACAGACGACACCUUGGGGCCAGAUGCGCAGGUGCAGAAGGCGGGGUUUAAAGUGAAGGAUGAGUGUGGCUCGGAGGGCGAUGAGGAGCACAGCACGGACGCCAUGGUGGAGGAGAUGCUGCAGCAGGGUGACACCGCCGUCAUCUACCCCGAGGCGCCGGAGGACGAGCCGCGGCAGGGCACGCCCGAGGCCGGCAGCCACGACGAGAACGGCACCUCGGACGCCUUCUCCCAGCUCCUCACGUGCCCGUACUGCGCCCGCGGCUACAAGCGCUACACCUCGCUGAAGGAGCACAUCAAGUACCGGCACGAGAAGAGUGAGGACAACUUCAGCUGCUCCGUCUGCAGCUACACCUUCGCCUACCGGACGCAGCUGGACCGGCACAUGACGGCGCACAAGUACCAGGCCCACGUGACGCAGUCCGGGGGCAAUCGCAAAUUCAAGUGCACUGAGUGCGGAAAGGCGUUUAAGUACAAGCACCACCUAAAGGAGCACUUGCGCAUCCACAGCGGAGAGAAGCCAUACGAGUGUUCCAACUGCAAGAAGCGCUUUUCCCACUCAGGGUCCUACAGCUCCCACAUCAGCAGCAAGAAGUGCAUCGGCCUCAGCCCUGUGAACGGCCGGCCCCGCAAGGCCCCCCAGUGCCCGUCGCCCGCCCUGCCCUCCUCGCCCUCCGCCCCGGCCCGGGCGCAGGCUCGGGAGAAGCCCGAACACGGCAAACCCCUGCAGGAGCAGCUGCCCCUCAACCAGAUCAAGUCGGAGCCUGUGGAGUACGAGUACAAGCCUGUGGUGGUGACCCCGGCCGUGAACGGAGUGUUCAACGGGGGCUCCGCCCUGCAGACGGCAGCGGUGGCGCCCUCGCCGGGCGUGGUGCAGGCGGUGGUGCUGCCCACCGUGGGGCUGGUCUCGCCCAUCAGCAUCAACCUGAGCGACAUCCAGAACGUCCUCAAGGUGGCGGUGGAUGGGAACGUGCUACGGCAGGUGCUGGAGAGCGCCCACCUCAACGCCGCGUCCAAAGAGGCGGGGCUCCCCGGGGCGCCCGCUCAGCCGCAGGCGGGCGGCGGUGCCCACUCCGUCAUCUCCGCCAUCAGUCUUCCCGUCGUCGACCAGGACGGCACCACCAAGAUCAUCAUCAACUACAGCCUGGACCCGGGCCAGGCCCAGCUCGCCGCCCAGGCCCUGAAGAAGGAGGCCCCCGGGGGUGGGGGCGGGGCCGAGGUCUGCAAGGCAGAGAAGCUCCCAGAGGACCUGACCGUUAAAUCGGAGAAGGGCAGGAAGGCGGAGCCGGAGGCGGAGUCAGAAUCGGAAAAGGGCGCUGGGACCUGCCUCCUUUGCGAUGACUGCCCGGGCGGCCUAGAUGCACUUCACCAGCUGAAACACUGUAAGAAGGAGGGCCUGAGGGUGAAUGGGGCCGACGCCGAGCGGGCUGAGGCCGCCAUCGCCUCCCUGCUGGCUGACGGGAGCCUGCCGCCCGGCCAGCCGCCCGUCAAGAACCUCCUGUCGCUCCUCAAGGCCUACUACGCCCUGAACGCUGAGCCGGCCACCGAGGAGCUGGCCAAGAUCUCGGACUCGGUCUGCCUGCCGCCGGACGUGGUCGGGAAGUGGUUCGAGAGGAUGCGGUCGGGGCGGGUUUCGGCAGGGUCGCCCACCGCUACCCCCGAGCGGGAGGCAUCACCCGCGGUCACCCAGGAGCAGAACGGCGACGUUGUGGCGGAGACCCCUGCCGUAGCUGUCGACCCCACCCCUACGGCCAUCAAUGGCUCCCAGAGCGCCCCGCCCUCCCCGUCGCCGCUGAACCUGUCAGCGGGGGCGCCCGUGGUGAAGUCCGAGAAGGACACAGAAGAGCCCCUGGACCUGUCCCUCCCGAAACUCCCCAGGGAGGAGGCGGAGCGGGCGGGCGGGGUCAGCGUUUUCCAGAACAGCGUUUACACUGUGCAGGACGAGCCCUUGAACUUGACUUGCAUAAAGAAAGAGCAGACGCCGGCCGACGCCACCCCCACCUCUGCCACUGACGCCCCCCUCUAUGUCACCACAAGUGCCAACCCCAUCAACAUCGUCGCCACCCAGCUGCCCACCAUCGUGGCCAUCACCGGCCAGAGCAGCGUGCCCUGUCUGCGGGCGCUGACCACCAACAAGCAGACCAUCCUCAUCCCUCAGCUGGCCUACACCUACGCCACCUCCGGAAGCAGCCCAUCGGGCACCGAGACGCCGCAGAAGGCCGCCGUGCAAGCCAACGGCAACAGCCAGCAGGAGGAGCGGCAGGACACCAGCUCGGAGGGGGUGUCCACGGUGGAGGAGCAGAACGACUCGGACUCGGCGCCCCCACGCAGGAAGACGCGCAGGCUGGAGAAAGGGAUGUACGCGUGUGACUUGUGCGACAAGAUCUUCCAGAAGAGCAGCUCGCUGCUCAGGCACAAGUACGAGCACACAGGUAAGAGGCCUCAUGAGUGCGGCAUCUGCAGCAAGGCCUUCAAACACAAGCACCACCUGAUCGAGCACAUGCGCCUGCACUCCGGAGAGAAGCCCUACCAGUGUGACAAGUGCGGCCGGCGAUUCUCCCACUCUGGCUCCUACUCCCAGCACAUGAACCACCGCUACUCCUACUGCAAGAAGGAGGCGCAGGAGCGGCAGGAGAGGGGCGAGCCGGGGGCCCCCCAAGAGGGCCUGGCCCUGUCCGGCGGGGAGCGGCGGCCCGACGGAGAUGCCGCCUCGCCCCCUUCCCACCUGGACUCUGACGACCGGGAGAGCAGCACCCGGGAGGACGAGGAGAGCGAGGAGGAGGAGGAGGAGGAGGAAGAGGAGGAGGAGGAGGAAGUGGAGGCGGGGGUGAAUGACGAGGAGAUACGGGUGGUGCGGAUAGGCGAGGAAGAGGAGGAGGAGAGGGAAGACACUGGAGGAGAGGAGGAGGAAGGGGAGGAGCCAAUGCAGGGGAAGGAGGAGGUACGGGAAGAAGAGGAGGAGCAAGGGCAAAAGGAGGCGCGGGAAGAGGAAGUAGCACAGGGAGAGGAAACAGAAACAACAGUAACUGAAAUGCAGGAAGCAUGUGAGGAAGAGGAGGGGCAGAAGGAAGUGGAGCCGAUGGAGACUGAGGACGCCACGGCAACGGAGAAAACCGUGGAAACGGAGGAGCAGGCGGGCGAGGCUAAGACAGUCACGGAGAACGGCGAGGACGCAAACAGGAACACGAGCCAGGAGACCCAGAUUUUUUUUUUCUAGAUACAAAUGGAGGGAGAUGAACGGAAGGAGUCAAUACCACAGUUCUCUCCCCUCCGUACAGUAUUAAAUUUUAUCGUUGGAAAAAGAAAAAAGAAAACACGAUUGCGAGGAAUGCAGUGUUUCAGCUCACUACUGUGUAUAAAUCCUGGUGUGCCUGAUCUCAAAAAAAAAAAAAACUUUUUCA